CCGUAGUUUACACUUCCCAAGGACUUCUGGGAAUGAAGGAACUGGAAAAUGGCGGCUGUGGUUUUACGUUCCCCUCUUGCUAACGUCCUUUGCCGGCUGUCUUGCUCUAGAUCUCAGGCAGCCGUAUGUUUUAUUGAAAAGAGGAAGAUACAUGAAAUUACACCUCAUGGCAAAGGAGGGCGAUCUUCAGUUAGUGGAAUAUCAGCUACAGUGUUUGGAGCUACUGGCUUUGUUGGCCGUUAUGUCGUCAAUAGACUUGGCCGCAUUGGUUCUCAGAUUAUAAUACCUCAUCGUGCUGAUCAGUAUGAUGUUAUGUACCUCAGACCAAUGGGGGAUCUAGGGCAAAUCAUCUUUAUGGAAUGGGAUCCUAGAGAUAAGAACGCAAUCAGACAAGCUGUACAGCACUCCAAUGUUGUUGUAAACCUUAUUGGAAGACAGUGGGAAACAAGGAACUACCGUUUUGAAGAUGUUAAUGUAACCAUCCCUCAAGAUAUUGCAAAGGCUGCCAAAGAGGCAGGUGUGAAAAAAUUUAUCCAUUUGUCUCAUCUUAAUGCAGACAUUCGCAGCCCUUCCAAAUACCUGAGGACAAAGGCGGUUGGAGAAGAAGCUGUAAGAGAAGUUUUUCCUGAAGCUGUUAUAUUGAAACCUUCAGACAUAUUUGGCAGGGAAGAUAGAUUUUUUAAUCAUUUUGCAAAUAUGCGUUGGUUUGGGAGAGCGAUCCCUCUCAUUGCCAUGGGAAAAAAGACUGUGAAGCAGCCUGUAUAUGUUGUGGAUGUUGCAAAGGCAAUUGUUAAUUCUAUUACAGAUCCAGAUUCAUCUGGCAAAACAUAUGCUCUUGUUGGUCCAAAUAGUUACAUUCUCCAUGAUCUGGUGGAAUACCUGUAUUCUGUUGCGCACAGACCAUUCAUCCCUUAUCCUUUGCCACGACCUUUAUACCAUUUGGUUGCAAGAUUUUUUGAGCUGAACCCUUUUGAACCCUGGACAACACGUGACAAAGUUGAUCGGCUGCAUAUGACAGAUCUAAAAUUACCAAAUCUGCCAGGAUUUGAGGACCUAGGAAUCACCCCAGCAUCUGUUGAACAAAAAGCAAUUGAGGUCCUGCGUCGUCAUCGCAGAUAUCGGUGGCUCGAGGCAGAGCUUCAAGAGACUAAGCAACCAAAACCUUUUAACUUCUGAUUCUUCACUCAAAGAUAAAACAGUUGGCUGAUACAAUGUCAGUGAUAUCACUUACUGUUUCUGCUAUUUAAAUAUUUUGUGUUGCCUCUUCAUGUAUAUAAUAAAUUUAACAAAUGAAUAAAUGAUUUUGAAUAA